CCGCGCCUUUGGUUGGACACGAGGCCCGGCCUCGCGUACGCCAUGUAGAUGCCACAUCCAUGCAACUGCCAACUGUGCGUACGCGCUAACUCGUCUCGCCUAAUUCUUUAGGCCAGCUCGAGAUCGAGUUCAAUUCGUUCCAGCCCUGCCCUGCCAUCGCCGACGAUCAUCCUUCCUUCCUUAACGUACUAGACCGCAGAUGGCCGGACUCUAACUCUAUCCUUACGCCUAGUAUAUAUACGUGUUGGUGUUCCUCGGGAACGAACAAUUUAUCAACGAGCAGCACAAGAACAUGGAGCAGACGCCACCGGGCGCGGGGAAGAAGGCGCGGAAGCCGUACACCAUCACCAGGCCCAGGGAGCGAUGGAGCCCCGACGAGCACGAACGAUUCCUCGACGCCAUGCUCAGGUUCGGCCGCGACUGGAAGAAGAUCGAGGAGCACGUCCGCACCAAGACCACCGUACAGAUACGAAGCCAUGCGCAGAAGUACUUCCUCAAGGUGCAGAAGCUCGGCCUCGCCGCCGGGCUGCCACCGCACCACCCGAUUCGCAGCCUCGGAGUGGCGCAGAGCACGGCGGCCGGGAGCGGCGCGGUUCCAAGUCCGAUGAUGGUGCUGCACGGGCAGCCGCAGGAGUGCCCACCCGGCGUCCUUGUUCAGAGUUCCAUCGGGUGGAGCUGCCCCGGCCUUCUUCCAUCCAAUGAAAUGCAGAGUUCGAACUGGGAAGGCACUUCAGGCCCUUCUUCAGCCUGGGUGAGCCACGGAGGAAACCAGCCGGAACCAACACACCCAGGCGGCAGUUCUUCAUCAUCAUCCAUGGGAGCGCCGCCGGGCUGCGGCAACACGAGCAUGGGUUGGGUCGGCACCAGCAGCGCGAGCGAUGCCGAGGAAGACACCAUUCCACUCCCGCUGUCGCCAGACGAUAUGCAUUUCGCGCAGGUGUACCGGUUCGUGGGCGACGUGUUCGACCCGGCCACGCCGUGCCAGAUCGAGGCCCACCUGCAGAGACUCAAGGACAUGGACGCCAUCACAGUCAAGACGAUCUUGCUGGUGCUGAGAAACCUGGAGGCCAACCUGACGGCGCCCCAGUUCGAGCCCAUCAGGAGGUUGCUGUCGAGGUAUGACCCGGGGCGCCAGUUAUAGAGCAUACGAGAAUGCAGCCUGAGAAUUGAGAAAGGAAACCAUACUCCAAGUGUGCCUGCCGCUGCAGGACUGAGAACAAGUACUGAUUGGGAAGUUGGAAUGAACAAAUACAGAUAUAUAUGUAGUUGAAUGGAAAAAUUUAUUCAAAACAAAUACAGAUUCUUUUGAAGAGCUAGAUACGAAAUGAGGAUUGUUUGUAGGGAGUUUGUGUUUCAGAGUUGAGACUGUCUAGCAGUAGUACUGUAUCCUUUUUGGUGGAGUUGUAACAUGUGCCGGAAAUGUCUGUUUACAGUGGAAUGGGUGGAAGUUAUUCUCUGGAGA